GUCCCGGGAGGAGGAGCAGGAGCAGGAGGACGCCGCCUCCAACCAGAAGUGGGUCCUGGCGCCCAGGUCCCAGGAUGGGGACGUGACCCUCAUCCUCAACAAGCUGCUGCGCGAAUAUGACAGGAAGCUGCGGCCGGACAUCGGCAUGAGGCCCACCGUCAUCGACGUGGACAUCUACGUGAACAGCAUCGGGCCUGUGUCCUCCAUCAACAUGGAGUACCAGAUCGACAUCUUCUUCGCACAGACCUGGACGGACAGCCGGCUGCGCUUCAACAGCUCCAUGAAGAUCCUGACGCUCAACAGCAACAUGGUGGGGCUCAUCUGGAUCCCCGACACCAUCUUCCGCAACUCGAAGACGGCGGAGGCCCACUGGAUCACCACGCCCAACCAGCUGCUGCGCAUCUGGAGCGACGGGAAGAUCCUCUACACGCUCAGGCUCACCAUCAACGCCGAGUGCCAGCUGCAGCUGCACCACUUCCCCAUGGACGAGCACUCCUGCCCACUCAUCUUCUCCAGCUAUGGCUACCCCAAGGAGGAGAUGAUCUACCGGUGGAGGAAGAACUCGGUGGAGACGGCCAACCAGAAGUCCUGGCGGCUCUACCAAUUCGACUUCAUGGGCCACCGGAACACCACGGAGACCCUGACCACGCCCUCAGGCGACUACGUCCUCAUGACCAUCUACUUCGAGCUGAGCCGGCGGAUGGGCUACUUCACCAUCCAGACGUACAUCCCCUGCAUCCUCACCGUGGUCCUGUCCUGGGUGUCCUUCUGGAUCAAGAAGGAUGCCACCCCGGCGCGCACGGCCCUCGGCAUCACCACGGUGCUGACCAUGACCACGCUCAGCACCAUCGCCCGGAACUCGCUGCCCCGUGUGUCCUACGUGACGGCCAUGGACCUCUUCGUCACUGUGUGCUUCCUGUUCGUCUUCGCCGCCCUCAUGGAGUACGCCACCCUCAACUACUACUCCAGCUGCCGGAAGCCGGCGGUGGCGAGGAAGAGAACGCCGUUACUGCGUCCAGACUCCUCGAGGUGGAUCCAGGAGCGGAUCACCCUGCAGGCCCCCUCCAACUACUCCCUGCUGGACGUGCGGCCGCCGCCGGCCGUGGUGGCCCUCAGCCACGCACGGUACUGGCCGGAGCUGGAGGAGGCGUGCGGGUACGAGUGCCUGGACGGCAAGGACUGCCAGGGCUUCUUCUGCUGCUUCGAGGAGUGCAAGGCGGGGCCCUGGCGGCGCGGCCGCCUGCACAUCGACCUGGCCGAGCUGGACGCCUACUCACGCGUCUUCUUCCCCACCUCCUUCCUGCUCUUCAACCUGGUCUACUGGGUCGGCUACCUGUACCUCUGAGCCU